CCAUGUGAGGAAAAAUAAAAUAAAUGAAGAACCGAAGAGUCUUCUUUUAUGUUAUCAAUCACUGUUAUUUUGAGUUUGUUAUUAAUCUGGAAUGAUCCAAUGAAAAAGCUUUUGCGCUGUUAAUGUAUGACAAUCAUUUACAAUGGAGCAAGUUAUAAACAACGAACCCGUUUUGAUUGAUGCUGUUGCAAGUCCGACAACUUCUGACAUUCAACCAGAAAAUAAUGACCCAAAUAGCUUGCCACCAAACACAGAUACUGGUAUCAUUUUGCAAAACUUUGUGCAGGAAAAUGGCCAGCAGAUUGAUGUCCAGAGUUCCAAUUCUGGUUGUUUAUCAUUGUCUUAUCUUUGUGACAAUGUAAACAUUGUCGAAGAACCAAAACAGAAUGACUCAUCAGGCUCUCUAGAAGUGAUUUCUGAGUCUCCUGACAAUAUAAAUAGUGUUAAAGAACAGCAACAGAAGGACACAGCAGGCUCACUCGAAGUUAUUUCUGUAUCUCCAAAUAUCAUUAGUGACACUCCGCCAAAUGAUGAUGCUCUUAAACUGAAUACAUCUCCAAAUAUCAUUAGUGACACUCCACCAAAUGAUGAUGCUUUUAAACUCAAUACAGCUCCAAAUAUCAUUAGUGACACUCCACUAAAUGAUGAUGCUCUUAAACUCAAUACAUCUCCAAAUAUCAUUAGUGACACUCCACCAAAUGAUGAUGCUCUUAAACUCAAUAUCGGACAAAACUUGAAUAAUAAAAACACUGAAUUGAGUGACCAUGACAUUUUCUCAUCAGCUAAUGAUGGACAAUGCAAAAUUAAUGAUUCCCCCAGUGUGAUUGGAAGCAGUAAAACAGAUGUGGUUGUUAAUUCAUUUCUACCAUGUAACACAACACCUACAUUCAGUGCAGAUUUAAUAGCCAGUAAGAUCUCAGUAGACCAAAAGUGUGAAUCCAGAGGUGGUAGUUGCCAGGAUAAAAGUUCAGAGAUGGGACCAACUGAGGGAAGACCUUUCAAACGUCAGAAAACAGAAGAUAUUUCUGAGUGUUCUUCUGUGAUGGAAACAGAAUCCAAAGAACUUGCCCUAGAAGAAGAAAGGAUAGAAAGUGUAAACACUUCAAACACGCAAGAAGAAAAGGUUGCAUCUGUUUACCAAUUUAGAAAUGAACCCAGGCAAAUCACAGGAGCAUGGAAAUGUUUCAAAAAUGACAACAUCAACAACUACAUGAGAGGCUGCAAGUGGGCCCCAGAUGGUACUUGCCUGCUGGUCAAUAGCAAUGACAACAAACUCAGGAUGUUUAACUUACCAGAGGAGCUGUAUUAUGAAGGAGGGGAGAGAAAGGUCAUUCCAGAGCUGGUUCCUGUGUUUGGAAUCAAGGAGGCGGACACAGUGUAUGAUUUCAGUUGGUUUCCACUCAUGUCAUCAACUGACCCUGCCAAGGCGUGUUUUGCUGUAACAAGCAAGGACACACCCAUACAUCUGUAUGAUGCCUUUACAGGCCAACUUCGCUGUACCUACAGAGCUUAUAACCAUGUGGAUGAAGUGGUUGCUGCUCACUGUGUUGAAUUCAGUUGCGAUGGGAACAAGAUAUAUGCAGGCUUUAACAAGAUUAUCCGGGUGUUCGAUGUUACCAGGCCAGGCAGGGAAUUUAAAAGUAGACCAACAUUUGCCAAAGAGGGACAGCGUGGCAUUAUAUCCUGCAUUGCACCAAGUCCUACAGAUAUAGGUCUUUAUGCAGCUGGCUCCUACGCUAAGUCUGUGGCCCUGUACAAUGAGCCUAUGGGAGAGAUGGUGUGUAUGUUUGAAGGGCAGCAAGGAGGGGUGACUCAGGUCAAGUUCUCCCCUGAUGGAACGAAGCUGUACAGUGGUGGUAGAAAGGACAAUGAGAUUCUUUGUUGGGACAUGAGAAAUCCAGGCCAGAUCCUUUUUACACUGAAUAGGCAGGUGUCGACGAAUCAGCGCAUCUACUUUGAUAUUACUGGCGACAGCCGGUAUGUGGUAUCGGGCAGCCAUGAUGGGAAUGUAUUAGUGUGGGACACACUCUCCCCUCCUCAACAUGACCCGGUUUUGUCAGACCCAGUUAUUCACCCAACCAUGAGAUUCCAAGCCCAUUGUGAUACUGUCAAUGGAAUUAGCUUACAUCCGACAUUAUCGCUCAUUGCUACAGCAUCAGGACAACGACAUUUCAAAUGUACAUUUGACUCAGAUGAUGAUGAUAGUGACAGUAGGAGAAGCUCCCAAAAUACACUUGAUAAUAGUUUGCGUCUUUGGUGGGUGUGAACACAAACUGUUGUGUGAUCUGUAGAAGUAAUCUGCCAAUGGUACUGUAGCAAAGCAGGUGAUGUUAUCUGCCAACGUUACUGCUUUGUGAAAACCGCAAGUGAAAACAAGUGGUGUGAGGUUGAAGAAAAAUGCAGGAGUCGUCUCAGAACCAUUAAACUUGUGUUCAUUGCAUCGUUAAAUCUGCAGAUUUGAAAACACAUGGUCUGUAAUCUGUGGAAGGGUUAAGCAUGAGUUAUCUGUAGGAGAAAUAAACAGCUGUUAUUGCUUUGUAAAUUUUGAAGAUGUUAACACUGUGUAAUCUUAAGAAGAGAUAUGCAAGAGUUAUCUUCAGGUGUAGUAAGCUGCAGGCGAUAUUGCAUUGUAAAAUCUGCAGAUGUGAACAGAUGGUGUAAUCCGUGAAAGAGACCAGCUAGUGUUAUCUGCAGAUGAUGUAAACUGUAGGUGUGGCAACCUGGUGUGUGUUGCUUCAAUAAGCAGUUGUGAUGAGUCGAUGUAAACUGUAGUUGUGAUUGCUUGGUGUUAUGCUCGGCAAAGGAAUCUGCAGGUGUUUUCUUUCAGACCUGAUGUUAUCUGCAUACCUGCAGGUGUUAUCUAUCAGACCUAGUGAUAUCUGCAUAUCUGCAGGUGGAAUCUUUCUGUGUCACAUUAAAUCUGACUCAAUAUGUAGAUGUAGUUGUCAUUUAUAACACCUACUGUCUGGUGUAUGUUGUUAGCAGCAACCCUUUUGAUUCGUCUGUUUCUAUGCUGAAAAAGCGUAUUGAAUUGGACAUUAUUGUGUCAAGGUUUUCAAUUGAAUUUCCUCAGAAAAAGGUUUUUGACAAGCAUAUUUUUUUGAGGAGAUCAUCAGUUUGUACUUAAAAUGAAUCUAAUUAGAAUUUAAGUAGAAGGUGAUACUGGACAUGUCAUUAAGCAAUUAUGACUUUGAAUUCUGUAGUUUAUGCUUGUAUUUGUAGAUGGUUUUAGUUAUUCCUUUUAAGGGACUAGACACCAGAUGGUCAAAAAUUGACAAAUACAGUAUUUUCUCAAAACAAGUCUAGAAUUGUCAAUGUGAGCUAUUAGGAGGCCAAUAAUACAUCAUUUUACAUGAUUAAAAGAAUAAACACAAAAUUAAUGUUGCCAUCUCAUCUGAGUUUCCCCGUUUAAAAAUAGCGCAUAAUGGUUUCGCAGUUUAAAUAUUAUCUGUUUAUGGGUACCGAUAAAUACUAACACUACUUUUAAACUAAAUGCUGGGAUUUAUAUGGUAGACAAACCCAGUAAAUUUUGAAUUGGAAAAAUGUGCAAAGAAUGCAAUAAAUGCAUGUGUUGUAAGCAAUGUAAUACAUCAGUAGGUAAGAUUCAAUGGGUUGUAUACAGCAAUGUCAAUUUUAUUUAAGUUUUUAUAAAAAAAAUCAUUUUUUUUUGCAAUAAUAUCAUCUGGUGUCUAGUAUCUUUAAGUCCCUUAAUCUUGAACCAAAUAUGAAGUGUUAUAAUGUUAUUUUGUGGUAAAGAAGAUUCUGGUCAGUCUCAUUAUCUAGUUUAUGUGUUUUUUAAAAUGUUUAUGUAAUUGCUAUAUAUGAAAGAUUUUAAAUGAAUUCUUUAUACACAUAAUUUUUGUUAAUGCAUUAAGAUGGUUAAUAAAAU